GCACCCCAGGCCCCACAAGUUUCCCACUUCCCUCUUCCUCCAUUCGAUUCUUCACACCGCUCACCCCGCCGCUUCCCUCGCUUCCUCCGCCCAUGGCCGCCGCCACCGCCACCACUUCCUCCUCCCCGUCCACCCCCAAGAACCCUAACCCUUUCAAUCUGCCUCCAUGGCUCCGCUGCCCCCUCACCUUCCUCUGCCCGCCCCCUUCCCCUCCCCCGCCGCCCCCUCCUCCGCCUCCCCCACCACCCCCGCCCCCGGAGCCGACGGUGGUGGCUCCAGCGCAGCGGUACAGGAGGCCGGGGCUGCGGGUGACCACGGAGUACGACAGCGAGGAGGCCUUGUUUGCGCACAAGGUGUCCUGCAAGCUCGCGGGGGGUCUCGCCAAGCUGCGGCUGUCAUUCCAGAGCGACCAGCAGGGCCACGGAGAGGACCCGCGGCAGCUCUUCGGGGCGCCGGUGCUGUCGUUCGUUACCAAGCACUUCUCCGCGAUGUAUGACGUCGAGGGCCGCAACGCGCUGCUCCGUGGUAACGCUUCGCUCCCCGGUGGCGCCGUCCAGCUUCGCGCCUCGCACGAUGUCAAGGAGCAAGAAGGAGAAGUUUCAGUAAUAACUAGGUUGGGUGACCCGUCUUAUAGACUCGAGAUAUCAUCUUUGGUGCCUUACAAUGGUUUGCCAAGAGCAACACUGCACUUUCCAAUUGGUCAAGUUUCAGUGGAAGAGAGGACAAAUGAAGAAGACCAAAAAAUGUUGUCAGUCUAUGGGAUUGCGAAAACGGAUUUUUUAGACGGCAUUCUUACUGCUCAAUACAAUGAAAAUGAUUUGAAUCUAAGAUAUUGCUAUAAGGACAAUGAAUUAACUUUAGUUCCCAGCGUCUCCUUGCCUUCGAAUGCAGUAUCCCUAGACUUCAAAAGGCGUUUUGGUUCUUCUGAUAAGUUAAGCUAUCAUUUUAACUUUGACACUGAUGAAUGGAAUGCUGUUUAUAAGCAUACGAUUGGUAAAAAUUACAAAAUGAAAGCUGGUUAUGAUUCAGAGGUGCGAGUUGGAUGGGCUUCCAUCUGGGCUGGGCAAGAAGAAGGCAAAGCAAAGACUGCACCUAUGAAGAUGAAAGUUCAGCUUAUGCUUCAGGUGCCCCAGGAUAAUGUCCGCAAUCCUUCUUUACUAUUUCGAGUGAAGAAAAGGUGGGAUCUGUAGAGUGGACACAUUCCUCCUCUGAUACAGAGAUGCAUUGCUGGGUACCGAGGCUUGGUCUGACCUAUUCUUGUAAGCUGCAUAUGUCAUCAAUGGAUACACAUUCCGCAAGUCGUACUAUUUUAUCAUGUAUUUUGGUUUAUUGUACAUAAUGGCCACCAGUCCGCUCUGGCUUCAUGUAGGAGGUUAAUGUUUCGUAAUUUAUUUAUUUCUGGACCAAGCAUCCCUAUUAUGGAUGUUACCAUUGUAGUUGGUAAUUUCACAGAUUUAAUUGUGUCAUUUUGUAA